AUGCUCUUCCCUACUAUCUCCAUCUUCCUCACCCUCCCCCUCACCCUCACCCAAGCCUUUCCCCUGACCAAACGCCACGACGCCGUCAAGAUCCGUUCCCGCCGAAACGACCAAUGCCUCACCCCCUCCCCCUCUUCCGACACCGACACCUACACCAACGGCACACCACUUACUACCGUCAACUGCACUUUCGCCAAACUGUGGGAUAUCUCCCCGGGGUCCGGGAGCGUCAUGCUCUCGGGGACGCAGUUUGCCUUGGACGCCGGAUCUGGGAAAGAGGAUAAUGAAGGUGUGAAAAUCUGGCACUCCUACCCAGGGCUUUUCCAACAAACAUGGUACCGUACCUAUGACCAGCGCAUCGCCAUCUUCGGCGGGGACCAAUGUCUCGACCUCGGCGACGACGGGCCUCAGACGCACGUCCUCUUUUCUCCUUCUCCUUCUCCUUCUCCUUCUCCUUGCCUCCUGUUUUUCUCAUUCGCGACGUUUUAUGGAUCGGGAGUGUGA